CGCCGCCGCCGCCGCUGCUGCCGCCGCCGUUGUCGGGUUGAGUUUGUGAUGCUGUAGACCCCCCCGCUGUUCAGCCAUUCACUGACCAAAAAAAUAAAUGAAUUAAAAAAAAAAAAAAUGGAGCGGUACGAGUCGGACGCGGAGGGGGACGGGCAGGACACACCGCUGCUUCACCAGGGACGCGGAGAUAAAGUGCACAGAGCUCCAGCAUGCUGUUCAUCCCGCUAUGGCCUGGCCUUGCUCUCCUCCUAUGGCUUCUUUGUGGUCUACGCCCUGCGAGUGAACCUCAGCGUGGAGAUGGUGGACAUGCUUAACAACACCCACCAAUCCAGCGCCAACCACAGCAGCUCAGUGUGCCCUGCUCAUGCCAGCCCUGCACGGCCCAAGCACAACCACACGGCCAGUGUGUACGACUGGGACUCCGAGACACAGGGCUGGAUCCUGGGCUCCUUCUUCUACGGCUACAUCCUGACACAGAUCCCUGGGGGCUACCUGGCUGGCCGCUUUGGACCAAAGUGGCUGAUGGGCUUUGGAAUCCUGGGAACUGUGGUUUUUACACUGCUCACGCCUGUGGCUGCUGACCUGGGUGCAAGCUACCUCAUCGCUGUCAGGGCUCUGGAGGGGAUAGGAGAGGGAGUCACAUUUCCUGCAAUGUACACCAUGUGGGCAGCGUGGGCCCCGCCGCUGGAGAGGAGCCGACUGCUCACCAUUUCCUACAUAGGAGCCCAGCUGGGGACGGUUAUAUCUCUUCCACUGUCUGGCGAAAUCUGCUUCUACCUUGACUGGACCUACGUCUUCUAUGUAUUUGGUUUUGUUGGCCUAGUGUGGUUCAUCUUGUGGGCCUUUCUCGUCUUUGACAGUCCAAACACUCACCCACGGAUAUCAGAGCGGGAGAGACUCUACAUCACCACCUCACUUAAGAACGAGCUGUCCACAUCUGCGGGCUACAUCCCCUGGCGAGCCAUAGUGACAUCCAGACCGCUGUGGGCCAUCGUUGUGGCUCACUUCUCCUACAACUGGACCUUCUACACCCUUCUCACCCUGCUGCCAACGUACAUGAGUGACAUAUUGGGAUUCAGCAUACAGCAGAAUGGUAUGCUGUCAGCUCUGCCUUACAUGGGCUGCGCCGUGUUCGCUGUUCUGAGCGGCCAGUUUGCCGAUUACCUGCGGGAAACCCGCCAGUGCCCAACAGUCACUGUCAGGAAGUCCUUCUCCCUUGUUGGUAUGAUCGGGCCGGCGGUCUUCCUGGUGGCAGCAGGAUAUACAGGCUGUAAUUACACCUUGGCUGUUACCUUCCUCACCAUCUCCUCCUCUCUGGGUGGGGUGUCGGCGUCUGGCUUCAACAUCAACCACCUUGACAUUGCUCCUUCGUACGCUGGCAUUCUGCUGGGAAUCACCAACACCUUUGCCACCAUUCCUGGCAUGGUGGGACCAGUCAUAGCAAGAGCCCUCACCAAACAAAACACUAUAGAAGAAUGGCAGACUGUCUUCUACAUUGCUGCUGCCAUCAACCUGCUCGGAGCGUCGCUCUACACUCUGUUUGGCCGAGGAACAGUGCAGCCCUGGGCUGUCCACACUUCCUACUCUCAUGGAGACUGAGGCAGAAGACAAGUGACAGACUUAUCCAUUUGAUGAUUGAGAUUUGUCCAUCUGACAUAUCUCAACCAUGGGCUUAUUCAAUGGGUAAUUUCAUCGGGAGAUGUGCUCCAGCUGUGCUGAAAGUUCUCAAAGCACGGCUAAAAUAACAGUGAGUAACAGCCAUGUUACCUUCAAGGGACAUUCUCUACUGUGAAUGUGGGUACUUAAAGUCUGUUCACAGAUAAAACCUGAGGUUACAGUAGUGAAAAAAGUAUAUUGCACUUUUAGUUAAGCAGUAAUGCUUUGGAGGGAAAAAAUAAUAAUUAAGCAGAGCCAAAGUAUCCGGGAAGUAUCAAAGGCUUCUUAGUAUGAAGUCAAGUAGUCUUACCAAUAAUAGAAACAAGAAAAAUGUAGCUAGUUAGUUAAAUAGCUAUAGGCUAUAUGGCUAGUUUCAACUUGAAAGAUCAGCUUGGCUAACUACAGGUUUCAAGGGCUUGUUGACUGUCAAGCACGAUGAAUACCAUCAUAAACAGGCUGUGAAAGACAAACAAGCCCAAUGUUGUUACUGUCUGAUAUUCAGGUUUACCAGUGAGCCAACUUGCUAGGCUCAAUUGUUAUUUCUGCAUCCAGAGCAGUUCUGCUUUAACUUUUGUAUAGCGUUUAGUUUGGGAUAACAUUAUUUGCUACUUUGCAACCCAAAUGAGUAAAAAUGAAAAAUGAGUGGAGAUGCAGGAUGACAACGCCCCAAUCCAUAGGGCAGGAGGGGGUCAGUGAAUGGUUGGAUGAGUAUGACAAUGACUUGAACCAUACGCUACGGCCUCCGCAGUCACCACAUCUCAACCCAGAUGAACAACUAUGGGGCGUUUUGGACCGAUGUGUUAGACAGCGUCCUCCACCACCAUCAUCAAGACCCCAAACGAGGGAAUAUCUUUUGGAAAAAUGGUGUUCAACCCUCCAGUAAUUGCUCCAGAGACUUGUAGAAUCAAUCCCAGGGUGCACUGAAGCGGUUCUGGCAGCCCGUGGUGGCCCAACACCUUACUAAGACACUUUAUGUUGGUUUUCCCUUUAAUUUGUGACCCGAAAGUGCCAGUAAGUGUUGCUUUUAGAUAUUUAAAAGGUUUGCCCCAUAAAUAACAAACAUGUCAUCCCAAACUAGACACACACAUUGGGCAAGGUCUUUUUUGAGAAAAUAUUGUGACUGCACAGCACGCACAAACACUUGUUUGGGAAAAUGCCUUAAAAGUGAAGCCUACUUAAAAUGAUUUUAAAGCUAUGUCUUUCAUGCGAUUGCAAACCCGCCAUUUUCUUGUAUUUACCGGUCAUAUGGUGCAGUUAAGGGAUUUUAUGUGUAAAUUAUAUGUAGUCUUUUCAGGUUAUGUCCACCAGGCACCUCUUUUAUUAUAGUAGCAGCCUUUAACUAAUGCGUAUGGAAAGUACGGGCCAUGAUGUUUCCAAUCUGUAACACUAACAAGAUGCUUAGCUGUCGGUGCCUUUCUAAUGAAGGGAAAGAAAAAGUGCUUUAAAGAGGUUCCCGUUGGACACAGCCUUACUUUUAUUCACAGGAUUUACACUUUCUGUGCCAGUUCUCAGGUAUCUUGUGUCAUACAAGGAUUGGAAAGGAUGUUUAUUUACGUUGUUAUACAUUUAUCUACUACAUAAGACUUGUGUUGUCAGUUUUUAAAUGUCAACUGACUUAUACAUUUUUAAAAUACAUUUCAAUUAGCAUGGUUAAUAACUCAAAAUAUGUAGUAGUCACCCACAAUAGUCACCACCUCCUAGUAUUGGCUUUUUAUCAAUGCGACCAGUUGAUUAAAGAUAAUUUUUCUAUUAGGUUUGCACUUUCCGUUCACUUGUAUAUAAUACUAUACAUACGUUUACCUUUAUACAUAAUGACUACAGAGGGGCAAAUCAAAACUAAGCCACAAGGUAAACAUUUUGUCUUGGUUGGAAUUUUUUGUCAACAAGUAGCACCAUCACCCGAAUUUAAGAUGAAAUGCACUUGUGCCUUAUUACAUUAGCUCUAAAGGGAUCAGACAAUGAAGGACUGUUGACUCAUUUUUUUCAUAAGGGAUUCCUUUUGUUUACUGCUUUUUCUUAUUUCAGUUUUACAUUCAUGUCUACAUACAGAAACUAAAGGGACAUUUGAAUGAUAUGCUUAUAUAUAUGUAUGUGUGUGUCUGUGCGUAUACACACAAACACUGUACCGACAGUUUAAUCAUUGUAAACUUUCACUCUGGAAACACUGAAGUCUUAAAUCACUCAUGUAUUGUAAAAACAUCAUAUACAGCUAUACUCAAAUCUGA